UGCUACCCUACCACAGUCCACAGCGGUCAUGAACCACCCCUUUUUCCCAUGAGGCUCAUUUGCUAUAAUUUCAUUUGCCACUAGCAAAGGCUGCUGAUUUGGAUUGUAAGUAUAUUCUCUUCUUCUUUUCUUACUCCCAAAUCUAUAUCUAUAUAUUUAUACAGUAUAUAACUUAGAGUCAAAGCUUCUACUCCAUCAUCAUCACCAACACUACCAUCUCAUCGGAUCUGCAAGAAUUGAAGAGACCUGACUAUGGAUAUCUCUUUCUGCUCCUUAGAAAGGGUCGGCUAUGUUCAGUGCAAUUUCUGCAGCACUGUUCUCGCGGUGAGUGUUCCAGCAAGCAGCAGCAUGUUCAGCUUUGUGACAGUGAGAUGUGGGCACUGUAGCAAUUUGCUCUCUGUUGCUAUGACUUCUAAUUUCCUUCCUCCUCUCCCUCUUCAAGAUAUAAUCCAGAAGCAAAAAUGGAACAAUGAAGAUGAGAGUGGGUCAACGGCUUCGAAACUCAACAAGUCAACAGCUAUUGGUCCUCCAGAACAUGAUGAGCAACCUAGGCUCAGCCACAU